CUCACGGACUGUCUUAAAAAGCCAGAGAGGGAAGGGGCUGCUGACUUAUGGCGAGUUGUGCAACAGAAGACCAAACCUGAGAUUUCUUCUCCACCAUGUCAGCCAAUGACAGCUCGGAGUCAGGCUGCAGGUCAGAGUUCAGACCCAACAACAGCACCUGCAGCCAGAAGGAGCAGUCUGUCACCGCCUCCGUCAUCUCCAUGACCGUGGGCAUCUUCUCCAACAGCCUCGCCCUCUUCAUCCUGGUCAAAUCCUACAACCGCAUGCGGAUCAAGUCCAGGGUGUCCUUCCUGCUGUUUGCCAGCAGCCUGGUGGUCACAGACCUGCUGGGUCACCUCAUCAACGGCUCCCUGGUGCUUUUCGUUUACAGCUCUCACAAGAAAUGGGAGACAUUUGACCCUCACCGCAUCAUGUGCAGCGUCUUCGGCGCGUCCAUGGUGUUCUUUGGCCUGAGCCCCUUGUUCCUGGGAAGUGCCAUGGCAGUGGAGCGCUGCAUUGGGGUCACCAGGCCCAUCUUCCACUCCACUGUGUUGGCUCCCCACCACAUGAAAAGGCUGCUGGGUCUCACCUGGCUGCUUGCUGCCCUGGUGGCUGUGCUGCCCGUGCUGCUGUUUAGGCCCUACAAGGUCCAGAGCUCCAGGAGCUUCUGCUUCUUCCGCAUGGAGGAACCCAAAGACUGGCUGGAUGUAUUCCUGCCGCUGCUUUUCUCUAUGCUUGGGCUACUGGCCUUGAUGCUCUCCAUUGUAUGCAACGCUCUGACAAGUUGCGCUCUGCUGCAGGCCAGACUGCGCCGCAAGCAUCACUGCAGAGGCACUCUUUACCACAUAGAGAUGAUCUGCCAGCUCCUAGCCAUCAUGUUGGUGUCCUGCAUUUGCUGGGGUCCAUUACUGGUUCAUGUCAUCGUUCUUAGCACCAAAGCCAAAGGCGAACCUGUAUCCUUCACUCUGCUGAUGGUGGUACGUAUGGCCACGUGGAACCAGAUCCUGGACCCCUGGGUCUACAUCCUGCUGAGGAGGGCAGUUCUGAGGAAAAUCUUCUUGUUGUUCCACUGCUACUGGGGCUCAAAGUCUCAUAACCUACACCGCUGGCAGCGCAGCAUGCUCCUAGGCUCUGUGGAGACCAGCAAGUCUGGUGCUGGUCUGUCUGACUGCCGCUGCCUUGGCAGAUUACCUCCUCCAAAAACUGCGAUCACAUCGAUCACCUGAAGCCUGGUCAGAAUGGUUCGGAUCUGAGAGCACCUGAGAACGGAAAAGAAAGAUGUGGAGAAUCUU